UAACUUCAAUGGUGAAAAUGUAACAGACUUUUUUAACACACAAUUGGACCAAAAUAACUUUGAUAACAAAAAUGAGAUAGAUUAUUCUAACACACAAUAUUCUGACGCACAAUUGAAUGAACUUGAAAGUCAUAAUGAUAAUAUAAAUAUUGCGGAUACAUCUUCGCAUAUGGAAAUAAUCGAAAACUCACACACGAGUGACGACUAUAAUAAUUCUGAUAAUUCCAAUCAAAGCGACCAAAAUAAUAAUUCUGAACAGGAUGGGUACAACAUUUAUGAAGAAAUCGAUUCCAGUGAAGAAACCGAUAAUGAAGAUCAUGAAAGAAUUACACCAUCUUCAUUAUUAAAUGUUAAUUCAAGGCUACCCGAAAUCUUAGAUAUUUUGCCAGAACCAUCAUAUAAUCCACCUCAAAUGAUUUAUCCUUAUCAAUCUAUUAUAACAAGAAUGGCGUCAAUAUUAGCAGAUGAAACAAAUGAAAGAUUAAUGGAUUCACCAUUUAAGCGACAAGUUGAGAAGGGGGAUAAAACUGACGUUCGAAUUGGAUUAGCUCUCAAUCUUGAUUGGUAUACGCCUUAUAGUCGAGUCAAAAGAAGCUGCGCACCAAUUUAUAUUACAGUUCUCAAUUUUCCAAGACAUAUUAGAUAUCGAAGUGAAAAUCUUAUUCUUACUGGUAUUAUACCUGGUCCAAGAGAACCAGACACAACCCAAUUACAAAAUUAUCUUCAACCUAUAAUCAAUGAACUAAAGCAACUUUGGAGUGGUCAAUUGUUUAAAACUACAUUAUAUCCAAUUGGUCGUAUGUUUCAUUGUGCAUUAAUUCAAAUUGCAUGUAAUAUACCAGCUGUGUGUAAGGAUUCACCUAAGCUUGGUAUUAAACAAUUAUAUGAAAUUCAGGAUCAAAUCGAUGCAACUCCUUUGCCGGUUGAUAUAGGACAUAUAAAUUUUAAGAUCACAUCAGGUUUUGAUGCACUUACGGCUGAUCAAUGGAAGACAUGGAGCCAAAGAAUUAUAACUGAAGCCGAAAUUGAAGCUGGUCAUAUAGCUAUGAUGACAUUCUUAAAGUAUGCUGAGCAAAUUUAUGGAAAACGUUUCUGUUCCCCUAAUAUGCAUUUACACAAACAUUUACGAGAAGAACUCGGUUUGUUUCCUAAUUCAAAUCGUAAUAUGGAGCUAGAAGUGCUAGAAAAUUUUAAUCAUCAAAUUCAUAUUCAACAAAUUAAAACCACGGCUUUCUCCUACUUGCCACAAAAUUUUUUAUCAUCAUUAGAUUUAAUUGCACAAACUAAUAUUGAACAAAAUAGAACUUUGGGACACUACAAUUUUACAGUUCAAGAAGCAUUAAACUUCCGUGCAAUGUCUGGUGGAUUAAUUAAUCAUGUCGUAACCGGCUCAGAACGAUUUCCUGGUCAUUUUAUUGGACCUUUUCGUGAGAUUAUCUUACCAACUAAGAUAACUGAAUUUCUUGUUCAAUAUUAUUCAAAUAUUUAUCCGAAUUACAGCUUUCACAGUGAAAAUCAAAAUCCAAAUUCAAAACAAUCAAUUCUAGUUUCUUCAACAUCCCGACGAGCAAUAGCUCUCAAACUGGAGAUGAAAUAUAUCAAUCAUUCUUUUCACGCUCUGAUUUAA